UAUCAUAAUAUUGCCGGCUCUUGCACGUUGCCUUUCUGUGUUGCGCUUUAAUUAAUGAACAAAUAAACAUUAUUAUGAACGAUAUUAAGCGAUUAAAGGAACAACAGCGUGACAAACAUCCCGGCUUUGACGGCUACCUGGAUUGCAUGACACGUGCUCUAUUUACUGGAUUAGCAUCGUUUUGUUUAGGUUUCGCAAGCACGUACUUCGUGCAAAAGGCAGUGCAAACUAAAAUACGGUAUCCAGCCAAGUAUAACAUAUUAUUCUCCUCCCUGGUGGCCACAGGCGUUGCUUAUCAGACGACAACAACUCGCACCAAAUCCUGUCAGGCAGCUUGGAUGGCAUAUGAAGGCAAACAUUCUGUGCUGGACGAGAAAACCUAUUGA